AUCUGGUAUUUCACCUCCGUACAUUUCUACUUGCUUUCUGAUUUCUUAAAUGCAAACAAAUGUCUUAAAUCAGCUAACCAUCAGGAAUUUUCCUUGAAGCCCUGAAUUUUUUUGUCAUCUCCACUUAAAUAUUUUCAUCUGGGUUUUUGGGUUUGGUUCAUUGUAGCCCAUUUCAGCUACUUGGAUUAUGGAUGUUUGAAGAUAUUAGGACUUUGAAAUGAAAAAACAAGGAGACCCAUUUCCUCAAAAGUUCUGAAGCAAUUUUGGGGUGAGUUUUGUUCAAUCUCAUUAUUAGGGAGGAGGAAAAGAGUUUCAUUCCAGACCCACAUCCUUGGAAAUUUCAAACCAGGCAAAAUUGAACGGUUUGAGCUUAAUUUCUUGAGGAAACAGUUCGUUGAUGAUGGUGGCCAAGAGCUUCUUUGUUUUCAUUUUUCUUGUGGUGGAUUGCUUCAUGUUCUUCAGAUUUGCAAAUUCCAAGGUUCCCCAAGAAGAGGUUGAUGUGCUACAGCAAAUUACGAGAACAUUAGGUGCGGUUUAUUGGAAAUUCAAUAGUGACUCCUGUGUUGUUGAGAUGUUUGGGGUGACAGAAAAAUCUCCCAGGGGAUCUGAGACUAUAAUUGAUUGUGAUUGCAGCAUCGAGAAUAGCACAUCUUGUCAUGUCGUAAGGAUAGAAUUAAAAAAUCACAAUCUGCCUGGUGUUCUUCCACCUGAAAUACUCAAACUUCCUUACCUGCAAGUAGUUGAUUUUGCUUACAACUACCUUCAUGGUAACAUACCUCAAGAAUGGGCUUCAACACGGCUGACAACAAUCUCUCUUCUUGUUAAUCGGUUGUCAGGGGAAAUAUCAGAUGCAUUGGGGAAUAUUACUACUCUAACAUCACUGAACCUUGAAGGAAACCAAUUUAAUGGUGCAAUACCAUCACAACUUGGGAGGUUAAGCAACUUGCAAUACUUGUUGCUAUCUUCUAAUCAAUUGACUGGCACAAUACCGACAACGUUUGCCGGUUUGAAAAACUUAACAGAUUUCCGGAUAAAUGAUAACAACCUAAAUGGAUCCAUACCUGAAUUCAUAAAGAAUUGGACACUACUUAAGAGAUUAGAACUGCAUGCAAGUGGACUUCAGGGACCAAUUCCUCCAAAAAUAUCCCUUCUGAGGAACUUACAAGAAUUAAGGAUCAGCGAUAUUAAUGGGCCAAAGCAGGAUUUUCCUGAGUUGACAAACAUGACGGGCAUGGUUAGAUUGGUUCUGAGAAAUUGUAACAUUGCUGGAAAGGUUCCUUCAUACUUGUGGACGUUACCAGUCAUGGAAAUGCUGGACGUCAGCUUUAAUCAGUUAACUGGGGAAAUUCCAGAGGAUAUAAACAUGGAGCGCAUUAGAUUUCUCUUUUUAACUAGCAAUAUGCUGAGUGGCAACCUACCAGAGUCAAUCUUGAAGGAUGGUACUAAUGUCGAUCUUUCAUACAAUAACUUGACAUGGCAAGGCCCUGAGCACCAUGCUUGUAGAAAGAAUUUGAAUAUGAAUCUGAACUUGUUCCGAAGUUCUUCAACUAGCAACACCUUACAAGAAAGUCUCCCCUGCUUAAAGGAUUCCAUCUGUUCAAAAUAUUCAAAAUGUUGGUUCGUCAAUUCUGGUGGGAAUGACUUAACGAUGGAGGUAAACAACAGAAACAUUCUCUACAACGGGGAUGCAGAUGUUGAAGGUGGGACAGCAAAAUUCUACAUUGAUCGAGAUAGCUACUGGGGAUUGAGUAGUACUGGAGAUUUUAUGGACGAUUUUGAUUACCAAAAUACACGCUACACUUUAUCCCUGCCUUCAUCAAAUUUGUCCGAGCUAUAUUCAACAGCACGUCGAAGUCCAAUUACGCUCACUUAUUUCCAUCAUUGCUUGGAUAAUGGAAACUACUCAGUGACACUUCAUUUUGCUGAGUUACAAUUUACAAAUGAUAAGACAUAUACAAGCCUUGGAAGGCGGAAAUUUGAUAUCUACAUUCAGGAUAGGUUGGUAUUGGAGAAUUUUGAUAUCGAUGAGAAGGCGGGAGGAGCUCAAAAACCAACCGAAAUGCAGUUCACUAACAUAAGUGUAGUUAACCAUGUCCUGGAAAUCCGAUUCUAUUGGGCUGGAAAAGGGACAACGAGGAUUCCUGAUAGAGGAGUUUAUGGUCCACUUAUAUCAGCUAUUUCUGUUUAUUCUGAUCUUAAAUAUUGUUCAAUCCGUGAGAGUAGUAAAAAGAAAACUGUGGCGCUUGUGGUUGGCAUUACCGUUGGAUCGUUAUGCCUUGCUACAAUCAUCAUAGUGGGACUUCUUUGGUGGAAAGGCAGUAUUAGAGCAAUCAGGCGCAGUAAAGGGGGAACAGAUCUUGCAGGAAUAGAAGUGCAAACUGGAAUUUUUACCUUGAAGCAAAUAAAAGCUGCCACCAAUCAUUUUGAUUCUUGUAAUAAAAUUGGAGAAGGUGGUUUUGGCCCUGUUUAUAAGGGUCAAUUGGUUGAUGGUACUAUUGUAGCAAUCAAGCAGCUUUCGUCGAAAUCAAGGCAGGGAAAUCGUGAAUUUCUGAAUGAGAUAGGAAUGAUCUCUUGCUUGCAACACCCAAAUCUAGUCAAGCUCCAUGGAUGCUGUAUUGAAGGGGACCAAUUGCUGUUGGUGUAUGAAUAUUUGGAAAACAAUAGUCUUGCCCGAGCACUAUUUGGUCCAGAUCGCAGUCGGCUUAACCUAGGUUGGCCAACUAGGCUUAGAAUAUGUAUCGGUAUAGCAAAAGGCUUAGCAUAUCUCCAUGAGGAAUCGAGCCUCAAAAUUGUUCAUAGAGACAUCAAAGCUACUAAUGUGCUACUGGACGGUGAACUGAAUCCUAAAAUAUCUGAUUUCGGUUUGGCUAAGCUCGACGAUGAGGAGAAGACUCAUAUCACUACUAGAGUGGCUGGGACCAUAGGAUAUAUGGCUCCAGAAUACGCACUUUGGGGUUAUUUGACCUACAAAGCAGAUGUUUACAGUUUCGGAGUUGUGGCCUUGGAAAUUAUCAGCGGAAGAAGCAACAAUGAUUAUGUACCAAGUGAAACUUGUGUUUGCCUUCUAGACUGGGCCUGUCACUUGCAACAAUCUGGGAACCUCAUGGAGCUGGUAGAUGAGAAGUUGAGGUCAGAAAUCGACACGAAAGAAGCGGAAAACGUGGUGAAAAUAGCCCUUCUUUGCACCAAUGCUUCACCAUCGAUAAGGCCUGCAAUGUCGGAAGUGGUGAAUAUGCUCGAAGGUCGGAUGAAAAUUCCAGACCUGAUCCCAGAACCGAGCAGUUAUAAUGAAGAUCUGAGGUUCAAGGCAAUGAGAGAUAUGCGUAGACAGCAACAACACAGCCAAAGCCUUAGUGAAAGCCAAACCCAAAACUCCACAAUGCAAACAUGUGAGUCUUCCUCUACAUCUGGAAAUGAGUUCUAUAAUAUUAACCCAAAGUCGAGAUCAUCAACAACUUGAAUGACAUUGUUCAUAAUCUUCCAAUCAAUCAGUAAGCACAUACCUCUCUAUGCCUUGUGUCUUUCUGAGUAAGAACAUUGUUAUGGCAGUGCCCGAGAGAUGAGAUAAACUCGGCGAUUGUUCGCCCGGCGAUAUUCAAUGAGUUGUGGAAAAAGGAAAAUUCUUAAUUCUUUCUCAUCCUUGAUUUUGUACAGUUAUUAUGAUAUGUUUAAUCUAUCAAAGCCGAUUCUUAAGAAA